AUGACUGCUGCUGCUGCCACAUUAUUUAAUUACCAAAUGCCAGUAAUAAAGGAUGAAUAUCUUUGUCGUAAGAUAUUGAGAGCCGACCACUCUCCUUCCUUUCUUUAUUCCUCUCAAUUUUUAAAUCUUUUUUCUCUCUCGUUUUUUCUUUUGUUUUCUGUUUUUCUUUCAUCUCUUUUCUUUCAUUUUCUUAAUUUUCUUUCACAUUUCAUUUUUUACAUUUCCUCUUCAUCAUUGCUUCUUUUUGAAGUAUUUUCUUAUUUUCUUCUCUCUCUUCCUUUUAUGUCAAUCACUCUUACUUCGUUCAGUUUUACCUUCUUACUUCUAUUAUUACUCAAUACUAUUCUUUUUAAAUCAUUUCCUUUUUCUUUUCCUACUUUCAUUCCUUCACUGCAUAUUAUUCUUUUUAUCCCUUUCUUCCAUAGCUUUUUAAAAUUGUUUCAAGUUUAUUCUGUUUUUGCCCAUCUUGAUUCUCUACUUCUUUUCGCUUCUAUUCAAAUUUAA